UAAGCUGCCUUGAGCCCUUUGUAGGAAAAAGGCAGGAUAUCAAUCAAAAAAUUAAUUAAUUAAUUAAGCAUAGUCUUGAAUGCUGACUAUGUCCACAGGCCUGGGUUAACCUACAAAAAAGAGAAAGAGUAUUAGUAUUGUGCUCGACCCUGUGUGACACGGUGAAAAAAAAAAAGGAACACUAGUGCCUGGCAGUUUAUAUGGGAAGGAUUCACUACACACCUAAAAAAUCAGAUUUUUGGCCUAUAAGUUGUUGAUGAUCAAUCGAUCAAUAUGUGUUCAGUGCACACAGUUUACACAUCACUAGUAUAGAAUGCAUCCCUCUUAUUAUUCAAGCAUCUUAUAUUUAAUUAACUUUACAUCCUACUUUACCAGUAAAGAUCAUGCUAAAACCAGCUAACAUACAGAGAAAACAAUGCAAUUAAACCAUUAAACUGUCAAAAGCCCCAUUGUAAGACAUCCCUCUUUUUAUCCUUUGGCAAGCGUGUGGCUUGCAGAUCAGUAAAGAUCAAGAUAAAGCCAUUCUUGUGAAUUCAGGUUUACAUUCUAAGACAAGGCACAAAAGAUAAAAUAGUUGGGGAAGAAGAACGCCAGAUCAGCACUCAUUCUCAAAGUCACGAAACUACGACAACAACCAACUGGGAUGGAAAAGGAGCCAGAAGGAACUAGUUUUUCAGCACACUCAGUGCAGUGGCUUUGCUUCCCAGCAACCUUUCUUCUGGAUCCUCAUGGAACAGCUGCUUUUAGGGAGCAAGAGCUGGAGUGCAAGGAAACAGGGAAGCACCUCCAUGUGGACAUGGACUAAUGUCACAUCUCCAUGCUUCACAUGGAUGCCCUUCAUGGAUCAUCAGUGCCGAUCUGGAUCAUCCACAAUUUUCUGGAUUGUUCAUGCUUAACUGGGUCUUGCUUUGUUCUCUUUUGGAAGCUCAUGUGAAAAACAGAGCUAUGCUGGCACCCUGCGCUGUUGGUUUUGCUUGCAAAAUUCCAAGAACUAGGUUCCUUUUAAUUAUUACACGAUCUAAUCUAAAAAUGCAGAUCGACUCUCACCCUGCUCUAUGCAUUGACACACACACAUUCACCUGAGAAUUUGUCUGCUAUCUUUACCUGCUACAUUUGUUGCCAGAGAAUUUGUCUGCUAUCUUCACCUACUGUAUUUGUUUAAACCAUCAAGGGAAUGACCUCUGAGUAAAGAUCUGCAAUUGUGCUGAGUGUCUCAUGACUGAUGUGUACUUUAAGCUUUAGCAGGGAUAUAAAUAGUCACCAAGACCAGCAGUACAGUUCUGUUCAUGGCCACGACCCGGGACAGCAUGAAGACUUUCCUUCUACUGGUGGCUCUGGAGCUUUCUUGGGCUCAGUAUAACCCCAAUACAAAGCCCAGGACGACCUCUAUUGUCCAUCUCUUUGAGUGGCGUUGGAGUGAUAUUGCUCUGGAAUGUGAGCGUUACCUGGCACCUAAUGGAUACGGUGGUGUUCAGAUCUCUCCACCAAAUGAGAACCUGAUCAUUACAAAUCCAUGGAGACCAUGGUGGGAGAGGUACCAGCCCAUCAGCUACAAGCUGUGCUCCCGAUCUGGAAAUGAGAGUGAAUUUAAAGACAUGGUGUCCAGAUGCAACCAAGUUGGAGUACAUAUUUAUGUGGAUGCAGUAAUCAACCACAUGUGUGGAGCUGCGGCUGGGUCUGGCACCCACUCCACCUGUGGAAGCUAUUUUAAUUCAGGGACCCGAGACUUUCCUGCGGUCCCCUACUCAAGCUGGGAUUUCAAUGAUGGGAAAUGCAGAACUCCAAGUGGUGAGAUUGAAAAUUAUGAUGAUCCAUACCAGGUUCGUGACUGCCGCCUUGUUAGCCUCCUCGACCUUGCGCUAGAGAAAGACUAUGUGCGCUCCAAAGUUGCAGAGUAUAUGAACCACCUCAUUGACAUUGGAGUAGCAGGGUUUCGAAUUGAUGCGUCCAAGCAUAUGUGGCCUGGGGACAUGAAAGCGUUUUUAGACAAGCUAAAAAAUUUGAACACUGAAUGGUUUGCUGAAGGGACAAGGCCUUUCAUUUUCCAAGAGGUGAUUGAUCUGGGUGGAGAAGCAAUUCAAUCCAGCGAGUACUUUGGAAAUGGUCGGGUAACUGAAUUCAAAUAUGGUGCAAAACUAGGGACUGUCAUUCGCAAGUGGAAUAAUGAAAAGAUGAUGUAUUUGAGGAACUGGGGAGAAGGCUGGGGUUUCAUGCCUUCUGAUAAAGCCCUUGUCUUUGUUGAUAAUCAUGAUAAUCAGAGGGGACAUGGUGCUGGUGGAGCUUCCAUUUUGACUUUCUGGGAUGCCAGGCUCUAUAAAAUGGGAGUUGGUUUCAUGCUUGCUCACCCAUACGGCUUUACCCGUGUGAUGUCUAGUUUCCGCUGGCCAAGGUAUUUUGAGAAUGGAAGGGAUGUGAAUGACUGGGUUGGACCGCCAAGCAAUGAUGAUGGGUCAACUAAAGCUGUUACAAUUAAUCCAGACACUACCUGUGGCAAUGGCUGGGUCUGUGAACAUCGCUGGCGUCAAAUAAGGAACAUGGUUAUUUUCCGCAAUGUUGUGGACGGAGAGCCAUUCACCAACUGGUGGGACAAUAACAGCAAUCAAGUAGCCUUUGGACGUGGCAGCAAAGGAUUCAUUGUCUUUAAUAAUGAUGACUGGAACAUGUCUGAAACUUUGCAGACUGGCCUUCCAGCAGGCACUUACUGUGAUGUCAUCUCUGGGGACAAGGUGGGGAACGACUGCAGUGCAAUUAAAAUCGAAGUCAGUGGAGACGGCACUGCUCAUUUUCAGAUCAGCAACUCUGCCGAAGACCCGUUUGUUGCGAUCCAUGUGGAUGCCAAAUUAUAAUCCCAGCUAGGGAAGUUUCUUCCUUGAGUCCUACCUUCCUGGAUCAGAGUGACACGAAAGAAUUCAAAUGCUUUCAAAAGAAUAAAGGGUUGUAGAACUCAGG